GUGUUUGUUUCACUCAGUUACUGCCACGAGGUCCGCAGUGCUCCGCCAGCCUGUUGUUUUGUUUUCAUCCCGAUAGCCCUCAUUCAAGAAAUAACAUGCUCUCUCAGCAUAUUUUUCAUCAAAUGUGUGUGUACGUUAAUAUGCAUUUAAGGGGAAUUCUGCAGCAGUUCAAGACUUACGAAACCGUAUGCAUUCAUGUCAGUGGAACAAGCCAUGCUGAUGUCAGAGAUUUUCUUCCCCACACAGCUCAACAUGGUGGGAGGAUCUCUGUGCGUUGAGUCACGCAGCUGUCAAAGAUAGCUGUCACCCAGUUUCAGGAUCAAACACACACACACACUGAGUCAACGAGGAAAAGGGCUUUGAGAGCCGAAGGGACGAAGAGGUCUCAGGUAAACCCCCACCACCAUCUCUUCUUUCUUUUUUUUUUUUUUUUCUUUUUUUAUCGAGACUCGCAACAAGGACCAAGAGAAGAGAGACCAACAUAAAAAGAAUAAUUUUAAUAAAGAAACUUGAUGAAUAAGGAUUUUUUUCUUUCCUGUGAUACACGUUGAACAGAGGAAAACAGAGGAUUUAGUGGGCAUUUUCCAAACAGAGAUGAAGACGAAAAAAGGUCUCAUGAUGCUAUCAGGGAGUGAGACGGACGAUGAGGACAGCAUUGACACCCCCCUGGAUCUGUCCUCGAGCGCCGGGAGCAACGGGAAGAGGAAACGGAGAGGGAACCUACCCAAAGAGUCGGUCCAGAUCCUCAGGGAUUGGCUGUAUGAGCACCGUUACAAUGCUUACCCGUCAGAGCAGGAGAAGGCCCUUCUCUCCAAGCAGACUCAGCUCUCCACGUUGCAGGUGUGUAACUGGUUCAUCAAUGCACGGCGGCGACUCCUCCCGGAGAUGCUGAGAAAAGAUGGCAAAGACCCCAACCAGUUCACCAUUUCCAGGAAAGGGAGCAAGGCCAGUGACAGUUUCUCUGACAGCUCCCAGUCUCCGAAACACAGCAGUCCCGUUGCAGGCGCAGAGGAGGCCUGCGACAAACGCGUCCUCCAUCCCUCCAGCUUCAAUCCCAGCAUUCCCAACGUCCUGAGGAAGCCCACGUCCCCCUCGGUGUCCUCUCCAGUCUCCUCAUCUCCCACUCCGGGCCUCAUUCCAAACCGGCCCUCUGUCAUCUGUCACACCACUGUCACCACAGCCAUGCAGGCCAGCCCGACAGCCUCCCACCCUUCAGUGGCAGGAAUGAACUGCGACAGGGCGGCCGAGCUGUUGCAGUCCAUGCAGGCUCAAGCAAUGUUUCGGUGCCGGGAUGAAGGGCUGCUCUCUGCCGCUGCCACCACCACCACCAGCAUCCUUGGCAGCACCAGCAUGGAGGGCAACCUGAGCCCCCGCAGCGGGCUGUUCAACACCCCUCCCCCAACCCCUCCAGACCUCACACAGGACUUCAGUGGCUUCCAGCUCCUGGUAGACGUGGCCCUCAAACGGGCUGCGGAAAUGGAGCUGCAAGCCAAACAGCUGGUGUCCUAAAGGAGAGGAUGGCAAGGAGACUGACUUUGCGUCUCGAAUGUGAUACUCCUUAGUUCAGUGACUUUUUUUCUGCACGCAAGAGAGAACAAACCCACAUGAAAGCCUGAUCAUUUCUAUUUUUUGGUAUACCAAUCUACAUGACGAGGAUGUUCUUUUUUUUGUUUUUUGUUUUUAAACUGUAUCAAGGUGCCUUGGCUGUAAAUUGUCAUUUCAUAUACAUGCCCAUGUAUCUACAUGUGUAUUUUAUUUGCACACAGGGACCAAAAAUGUUAUCAAAGCAAUGCUGCCUGUCUUUAUGUCUUUGGCUUAUACUGAAUAUUGCAAUAGAGGGUUGGAUGAUAAUUCGGAUAAGUCGUGUCCACACUCAUUUAUGGGUAAAAAACAUUUCAAAGUUCCUGAUUGCUCUGCCUCAUUCGUUUGCACACUAAAGGCAGAAAAAGGUCAUCUCAGUGUCUUACACUUCGCUCUUGGCAUCAAUGAAAAACGUAUUCACUACUGUAGUUAAUGUUUAACUGUUUUCAUAAGUAUAGUUAUGAUUUUGUCAUUUACUUUUAGCUAUUUUAAAAUAAAUUGUUUUUCUUUAUAAUCAUAUCUUCAUACCAAGGGAUAUUUUCAGAUGACCUAUGUAGCAGGUUCUUAGGCUGAACCUUCACCCCUCACCAUCACUCAGCGAAAACAACGGCCAGUGGACUAACAAUAAACACUACAUAUUUGCAGUUUUAAAACCUGAAAGACAAUUUUUUUUGUUUUGAAAUCACCAAAAACAAGCAUUUUUGCUUAUAAUAGGAUCAUGUGUACAGUUAAUGUGACACAAUGCCCAAUGAUGUGAUUUCUUUUCAUACUGUGCAAUGUUUGUGGCAAAAAGUGGUCACAUGGGAUUCAAAUAAAGUUUUGUUUUUUCUACA